AUGACUUGUGACAAAACGGUAGCGCAUGUCAAGCGCUUGAUAUUUUUGGUUUCUUUCCCUCCUUCUGCCUUGGCCCCCGUACAGACCUCGGACCCCACAGUAAAGGGCAAGCGGCUGGAGGUGUGGGAGCUGAGGCCGAAGUGGGAGCCCUACAACCCUCUCCUGGUCCAGCCCUUCAUUGAGAAAUCCCUGCUGGCAAGGGAGGCUACCUCCCAGCUAGGUGGCAACACCAGUGACAGCAACAUCAUUCCAGACGCGUACUACGAGGACUUCGGCGCUCAGCAGCCGGAGGUUGAGGCCAACGCGGAGACGGCACGACCACCCUACGGCGAUGCUGCCCAGGAGUUUGACAAACGUAGCAACCUCCUGGCUGUCACCGAAGUGCCCAGAGUGGCCGGACGAGUGGGUACCACCCUCUACAUCACUGGCCGCUUCCGUGAAUGGGUCGCCUAUCGCAACCGGCACCCCAUGUUGCCCCGGUUGAUCCGCACGAUUCUGAUCGUCUGUCUGGAGUGUGACCCAGAUGUGGAUCCCAUCGACACACGCAAGGUGAGCGGUAGUGGUCGUGGAAGAAACAUCCUGGGAGAUUUUGUACUCAAUUAUGCCCUGGGUGUUUGUACCUCACCUCUUAACACAUCAGUCUGUAAGGAGAAUAUUCUGCGUUGUAUGAGUAUUUAA